AUGGCGCAUUCCGCAAGAUCGAAGAGCAAGCUCAGGGCCAAAAAGGAAAAGAUUUCCAAGAAAGGAUCCGAUUACGCAAAGACCAAUGAGGAACGCAAAGAACGGCUCGCACAGAAGCUGCAGGAGAACUUACUGAAACAGAAACAAGAAGGCACGGAUGCACCGGUGAUGGAGGUCGACAAGAAGGUGAGUACAUCUGGGUGGAGAAGCUCGAGAAACAGCCUAUACAAGAAAAAUCACACCAGAAAAAAGAACAAGUCCAUCAAGUUUUGA